GGUGUUAAAGGGAGCGACAGUUUGUCGAUCUGUUCUUGUUGAUAUACUAAUAUGGAGAUAGCGGAGCAUGUUGACGGUCUAAUAACUGAUUUGUCGAGAUCUUGCGGGACAUUUCGUGUUCUUGUUGGCGUGACGGGAAGCGUCGCAUCAUUGAAACUGCCUAUUUUAGUAUCCCAGCUCCUUCAGCUCCCUGGGGUGGAUGUAAGAGUAGUCACCACAGAGCAUGCCAAGCACUUCUACAACUCUGCAGAGGUUUCAGUAAAAAUCUACAGUGACGUGGAUGAGUGGGAGCUGUGGACUCGGAGAACUGAUCCCGUGUUGCACAUUGAACUACGGCGCUGGGCAGAUCUACUCGUCAUUGCCCCCCUUGAUGCCAACACUCUUGGAAAGAUUGCAAAUGGUAUUUGUGACAAUCUCUUGACAUGUGUGGUAAGAGCCUGGGAUACCAGUCGCCCUCUCCUCUUCUGCCCCGCAAUGAAUACAGCUAUGUGGCAGCAUCCCAUCACAGCCCAGCAGGUAUCCAGGCUAACAGAGUUUGGAUAUGUGGAAAUCCCCUGCAUUGCUAAAAAGCUAGUAUGUGGAGAUGAAGGUAAAGGGGCCAUGGCAGAGGUAUCGACUAUUGUCAGUGUUGUUAAUCAGUAUCUUCAGAAACCAGAUGAGACAUCUCCGACAACAUGCACAUAACAUUGUAUUAUACAUUCAGCUAGCACCAAAACAAAUAGAAAUUAAAGCAUGAUGACAUGUCUUCAAAAUGAGUUUGUGUCCAAAGCUCCAAGGACACACAAACUCACAGAGUUGUUUUCAUCCAUUUCACCUCUUCUUGUUGGGAUUGCACAGGUGUAUAAUAAUACUGGUGUCUUCCUGACUCUUCUGUUAGUUUUGUUUCAGGGCAACCUGCAAAUGUGUGAAAGUGUAUUUCCACUUGUUAUACAUAACAGAAAAUAUUUGGAAAGAAUACUGACAGUGUCAAAGAUGAAAUCAAUUUGGAUAAUUUGGAUUCAAAAGGGAUUCUAACCGUGUUUGUAUAUGUUUUGUAUUAAAAAAAAUUUCUUUCAAGACUAACGUUGGACCCCAUUUUCCCAUAUUUUGUAUUCAAGUGACUAAUAGGGACAUUUUUUUCUGGAAUUUGUCCAGUUUUGGUCCAGUUUUCUGUUUUUCAGUGUCAAAACAGCAUCAUGGAAAAUGACUCUACAGGGAAAUAAAACGUUUUUCUUUACCUUUUGCUUCAUCCGGCCUAUUUGUUCUUGUUUCCAAGUCCCACUCAAGGAUAAAUCUGAAUGUGGAGCAGCAGCAGGUCCCACUCUUUGCAGCAUUCUUCCUCUGUGGACCUUAUAAAGCCACAACACCUACAUGAACACCAGGAGUCUCCAGAGCUUGGCGGCCUUGAAGCAGCUGGUUCACCCUUCU